AUGGCCGCCAGCAAGAAGUACGCUGGUCUCCCUGACCUCGACGUUGCCCCCGAGGUAUACGAGACUCCAGAGUUGGUAGAUGAUGUGUCUACGGCACAGACUGGCACAGUCCGCACUCUAUCCCCCAGUCCCUCCGAUGACCAAGGACUUCCCGACGUCGAUCGCCAGCCCCUCGAUCGCGACGGUGCAAGGCGAAUAUUCGAGCCUUCCCUGGUAGACGCAAGAGGCGUCGACUUCUCAGAUGCCAUUGGCAGUACUCGACGGUCAUACCGGACGCGGAGCUCGCGAAGGAGAAGACGCAUCCAGGAAAGCGGUGCCGAAGAACUUGGCGACCUUAGUGAUAGCGAAGACGAAACGCUGAAUAGGAAACUCGCCAGGUUAAAGAGAGAGGCUGAAGAGGUGCGGCUCGAGCUGGAACGACGGGAGCAUGAGAAGGACCCGGAGGGAGACUUCAAAGACAGUGCCGAGCAGCAACAGCAACAGCGACAGCGACACGGGGCGCAGGAUGAAGACGUGCUCAAUGAGGAUGACGUCGAGCAAUUAAGUAGAUUGCUUGACGACUUGAGCACAAAGGCCAGACCGCACAACAAUGGCACGGUCGAGGACGAGUUCCUAUCGACGCUAGACUCACACUCGCGGCAAAGACAGCGACAUACCACGAAGACGGAGCAUCAGGAGCAGCAAGACAGUCGGGCGACUGUAUCAGCACUGCCGGCUAUUGCCGCAUUCUCCGACAGACUGACUGCACUCGAGGCCGCGCUUGGAAUCUCCUCCACCAGCGCCGACCCUGAGAAGACGUCCUCAAUCCUCCCGACUCUCGAGAGCCUCUCGAAACAAGUCAACACAUUAUCAAGCGCUCUGGCACUAGAAAACCCGCAAACCGGCACGGCGCUGCCGGUGAUGACGUCCUCCGCUGCACCCCACACGACACCCCUUCUCGACAGUGUCUCGUCAAAGCUGAGGACUUUGACCACCGAAGCCGAUCGCCUAACGGCCGCGCGGAAACAAGCCAUACAAUCGCUCGCCGAACUGCACGAGACACGGAUGCGACAGCUCGUCUCUGCGACCGUGCAUACCAACACGCGUCCGCGCCGCGGCCUUUCCAACGCCUCGGCUGCGAACCAAGCAGUGACCGACCUCGCCGGGCCCGGUGACGAAUCGUUGCAGAUCCAGUCCCGUCUGUUUCUCGACGAGCAAUCGUCCAAGAUCACCGCCUUGUACCAGCUUCUGCCAUCGAUCCAGAACCUGCAGCCUCUCCUGCCCGUCGUGUUGGAAAGGUUGCGUACCCUCAGCGUGAUCCAUGCGGGUGCUGCCGAAGCCAAGAACAGCCUUGACGCGGUGGAGCAGAGGCAGGCUGAAAUGCGGGACGAGAUCAAUCAGUGGAGAGAAGCCGUCGACGCGGUGGAGAAAGGCAUGGCUGACUUGGAAGACGCGAUGAAGGGCAAUGUCAAAGUUGUCGGGGAGAUGGUCUCUGGUCUCGAGCAGAGGGUCGGGACCUUGGAACAUGAGAGAUAA